AUGGAUCUAGAUAAGGUUUUGAUACUGCUUUCACUACGGGAGGAACAAGGCAACAUGUAUCAGGAGGACGUUGAUAUGAACGACGCCAUGGACGUGGAUUCCAUGGAUAUCGAUAGCAUUCACGAGGUUGAAGAUAACGAACCAACAACGCCUGAGCCAAUCAAAUCAUCUACAGUUGAAGAAACAAAACAGGAACUGCAUUCACCAUUAGAUAACUCUUUUACUGAUGAGGGAGAGGUGCUGGAGCGACUGCUCGUCAAGCUUCUCAGUCCAACGAAUCUAGGCGCUAGAUACGCCAUCAAUCAGCAUAACAAACACAUCCAGAAAAAUACACAGAUCGAACAGCAUUCGCAGUCUCCAAGUCCCGAAAAUCUGUUUUACCAGACUCCACGCCAUCAAUCUUCGUUUACUAGUGGUACUGACGUGUUCCAGCGACUCCAUCAACAAGAACCAGGACCGCAGCGCCAUUUUGUGCCAUUCCCUGUGCAAGUACAUCAUCAUCACUACUAUUACAACGGGCUGAGCGACUCAAUAAGCCCUGAGCCUCGCAUACGACCACAGAGCCAUAAAGUCUUGCAAGAAGCUCAAGACGAGAAUAUCGAAGAGGGCAAGGACACCCAUUUGCCGCUACCAUGGGACAAAAGCUCAACACCAGCAGAAGAACGUGCCUACAUGCUUUCGCUGUAUCUCCAACUAGCAGUGAACCUGGUGGUGCUGGCCACACACAAUUUGUCACAACAAACCAUGGCAUUCUUUGGCACUUCCAAGUCUGAAGAGGAGGCCUUGAGAGCGGCUGCCCAGCUGAGCGGUCUACAAAGAGGAGAAUCAUCCUCUUCAUUGCACCGCCUGGCAUCGUCAGCUUACGAAACUGCUUCGGAAUUCACAAACGACGAUAUUCUGUAUGAACCACAGACCCCUGAUGACAAUUUCGAUCGCUAUUCUCAGGCCAUUGUUAACGACCGUCACAAUCACGAGGACAGACCCUCCACUGCACAAGGAACUGCCGUUGAUGAGGAGGAAGAUGACCACGUCAAGCCGUUCCAGAUCCCCACCAACGAAGUUCCUGAUUAUCUGAACAUGACUGAGAACGAGCUUAACCGAAUUGCAACCACGUCAGACACACUUUCCAACUUAGAAAGAGAAUCCUCGCAUCAGUCCAUGACUAAACUUGUGGACCCUAAAAGUUUAGAUUGGGAUGGCCCUGACGACAAGGCCAACCCCCACAAUUGGCCAACUUGGAAGAAGUGGUUCAUAACCUUGACAGUUGCAGUCGACUGUCUUUGCGUGUCAUUGGGCUCUUCCCUUUAUGUUGCUGCCGUGCCGGAAUUGCAAGUCAGGAUGAACAUCAGUCAGACUCUUGGUAUCGCUGGUUUGACAUUUUACUUGCUAGGCUUGGCGUUUGGCCCUGUUAUCGCUUCUCCCAUCUCGGAGGUUAUUGGUCGUCGUUACAUCUACAUCUCCUCCUUGGCCAUUUCCAUGCUCUUCACUAUGGGUGUUGGUUUGGCUCCAAACAUCAGAACCAUCCUUGUCUUGAGAUUCUUCGCUGGCUACUUCGGCUCUCCACCAAUGGCAAUUGCUGGUGGAACCAUGUCUGACUUGUGGGGAAACUCACCUGCUCAGAUGUCGAUUGCAAUGGCAUUCUUCUGUGUGGCAGCCUUUUUGGGUCCUGUUGUGGGUCCAAUUGUUGGUGGUUUUGCUGCUGAGCACAAGGGUUGGAAGUGGACACAGUGGGUGUCCUUGAUGUUUUCUGGUGCCGUUCUUCCCCUUAUAACACUCUGCCCAGAAACUCAGAAGUUUAGUAUUCUCAAGAAGAGAGCCAUCAAGAGAGGUGUGAACUUGGAAAAGCCCAAGAUUACCAUGGAGUUCGUUAAAUUCGCCUUGAAAGUCUUCCUUUUCACUCCGGCCGAGAUGUUGGUAGUUGAGCCAAUUGUGUGCUUAACCUCGAUUUACAUUGCUUUCGUUUUUGCUGUUUUGUUUGGUUUCUUCGAAGCAUUUCCAAUUAUUUUUAGAGGAGUCUACGGUAUGGGUACGGGUGUGUCUGGUUUACCAUUUAUUGGCGUUGGUGUUGGCUUGAUUGGUGGUGUUGCUGGCUACGUCGUUUUGGAUCAUCUUAAAUUCUUCCCAAAAAAUCCGGACGGAACGAGAGGCAAGUUUGACGAAGAAGGUAAGCCUGUUUGGGACGCUCCCGAAACGAGAUUGCUAGUUGCCGAGGUUGGUUCUGUGUUCUUGCCGAUCGCAUUGUUUUGGUUGGCAUGGACUGCAAGAUCGGACAUUCACUGGAUUGCUCCUGCUCUCGCAGGUGUUCCCUUCGGUUUUGGCUUGAUCUGGGUAUUCUUUGGUAUCGUGCUUUAUUACUCGAUGGCCUUCCCUCCACAGUACGUGGCGUCAGCAUUAGCCGCCAACAACUUGUUGCGUUACGUUUUGGCCUCGGUUUUUCCAUUAUUCAUCUUCCAGAUGUACGAGAAGUUACAUGUUGACUGGGCUACUUCGCUUUUUGCGUUUAUUGCACUCGCGAUGAUCCCUAUCCCGUUUGCUUUCCACAAAUGGGGCCCCACUAUCAGACAAAAGUCGAAAUACGGCUAUGCAGCUCACUUCAGGAGACUCGCGGAGGAGAAAAAGGCCAAUGGAGAGGAGGUUGCAAAGGAGGACACCUCAAAGGAACCGGAGAAGAUCGAGCCCUCUUCUGGAAGCGAUGACAAUCAGGACAUAGGAUCUUCGCCUUACGAUCAACACAACAGAUCUGAAAAUGACGCUGAAAAGCGUGUUGCGGAAGCGGUAUAA